AUGAAUGCGGACGAAUCCCACACUUCAAUCCUAGUUGCAACAACAACAGUACCAGGACACGACGACGUAAACGCUCAGGGGCACCAGGAAAAGCAGCAUCCUCCGAACGGUGUUGAGGUAAACGCUCUUCAGUCCCAGCUGUUGCAUCGACAACUGCAACAGCGACAGCAACAUCGGCAUGCCGCUAAUAUGGGCUUGUUUUGCAAUCCCGGUGCUGGCCAGCGUGCAGCAGGAAUAUUCUAUAGGGCUGCAGCAGAAGUCUCGGCAAUAGCAGCAGCAGCAGGCGCGGCUGCUGUCGCAUGCGAAUGCGUCCGGCACAAGGCAGCCCAAGCUGCAGCAGCGCUCCAUCCCUGGUCCCCCAGGACUCUCUUACCUGAGCGGGUGGCGCCACCAUCGGCAGCGGCAGCUGCGACCAUAGCUGCCAUCUCCCCAGCAACAGAGGCAGUAGCUUGCGGCCGCAAGCCCAUUCCUGCGUGUUCCGCCGACGAGACAAAUGGUGCAGCAGCAGCAGCGGCAGCAGCAGCAGAAGCCUCUCGUGCAGCAUUUUUGCGUGAGGAGCUGCUCAACCUUGCUGAGAGCCGGUACACUGCUGUAUUUGUUCCCGUCGACGAACAGUUGUUGGAGCAAAUGAAUGAUGAGUUCAUUAGAUCAGAUAUCAGCAGAUAUCCUGUCAAGAAUACACCCUCUGGGAUCGUCUUUUACUCCCCGCGAUACUCUGAUGACCGCUUUAUCUACCGUCAUGUCCUUCUUUCGGCGGGAGUUAAAAAGGCGGCAGAAGAAAUUGCGAAUGCAACAAAGAGCGCGUUCUUGACAGAGGGCCAAUUCAUAUAUCAACUUGGCAUUCAUCUAUCACCGGGAUGGGAACACUUCAUGAUUUUUAAAGGAGAGAUGAGGGAGUUGAUUUUGAGGAGGCCGCAACAGCAGCAGGAGUCCCAAAGCAGUCAAAACCAAGCACACAGUGAUGAGGUUUCAGAGGAAAGCGACGAUUCUGAACCAGAAGAACCAAUCACGACCGGAGCUGCUCCAGAGUCCCAGCCACCGCCGCCUCGACAUCAAGAAUUAGGGCGACUGCUACAGCAGAUCGCUGAAAAUGCAACGAUCCAUCAAGUCAGGCAUCAGAAGAACUUACUGCAGCAGCAGAUGGCAAUUUCCAGGGCUGUUGAGAAGGCAAAUAGGCUGCUUCUGUUGAUAGUGCAGCUGCAGCGGCCUCCGCAGCAUGUCUCACCAAAAAUGUUGGAUAGAAUGAAGUGUCUCCUGGCAAGUUAUUUUUUCAGUUCGUUGUCUCAUUUUUCCGUUGAGGAAGAGCAGCAGCAAUCAACAACAGCGAAGAAGUACUUGUUUCAAAAUGGCAAUAUCGGGAAGCAAGAAGCCCCUCACGAGCUACAGGAGAAACGUUUCCAACAACAGGAAGACCAGGAACAAGACCGACAAAGCCAGGAAGUUGCUGCUGCUGACGACGGUUCCGCUGGUUCUGGUAGUGAUGCUGCUGCACUUGCUAAUGUUGCUCUGCCGCGAGGACUCGCAGCCAAAGGAAAAGCUCCCAACCAACCAGCUAACGCUACAGGAGGUAUCAACAGCCCCACCUCACAACGCAGAGAGAAGAGGAGACGCUACCCCGUGAAGCGUUAG